CUUUCUACUUUGCUUUGUUUUCAAAGUACAGGAGUGAGGAAAAGACCCUGAUUCAACUCUCCUGCUUUACAGCUUUUGUAUCCGGGCUUGCGAUGCCUACAGCAGAAUCUCAAUAUCUGAUCCAGUGUCGAGCGAUCCCAUAAAGUGUCGCGCUCUCGCAGGACACCAAGGCACAAGACUACACAAGGACUUGGGACUUACCCAAUUCUAUCAAUUGCAUCUGUACAAGCCUUAAGGCAGCGUUUGUUAAUCAAUCCAUAUCCAACAAUCAAGGCGCGGCGAUGAGGCCGCUGCGCCACAAGCGAACGUCGACGGCCGAUAGUUGGUCCACCGUAUCGGAAUUCACCCUAUACAAAGGAGAGUCAACGAUCCCCGAACACGAGAUCCGGCGGACAGCACCACUUCACGGCAGUACAGACCCGUCCGCAGUGGCGCCAGUGAGUGAUGUACAGGCUCUAGAGAUUGAAAAUUCGACAUUCUCGUCGCCCUCUUCAUCUAGCGAAAUUCUGCAAAGUCAAUACCGUUCUUGGACAUUUCGAGGUAUUGCUGAAGCUAGUUGGAAGAAUGUGGCGCUAGCUACGAAUCAAUCAAGUGAAGGAACAGUUUCCGAUGGUUUGUGUCGAUCCGCAACACCACAUGCAUCGAGACGAAGGCUGGGUUUACUGCAAAAAUCGUCUUGGUUGACCCACUCUAGUAAUACCACCUCGUCACACCGAAAGGAAGACGAAUCGCAAGGUCAUUUUCGAGACUCUGACUGGACAGCCCCUGAUUCUAGUUAUGGCGCUGCGAUACCAAUUUUUGGAUGGAUACCGAAAAGUAUUCGAAGGCUGAUCGAGACCACAAUGAUCGCUGCUAUGGUUCUAACUCUGGUAUACUUGGUUGUCACGACGUCGAUCCGUGUAUCAGAAGAGUCCGGUCACAUCAACAAUUCGACCAACGCUAAAAAUAAUGCCGAUAGCCUCUAUCUCGAUGAUGAUCGGUAUAUCGAGUACACCUCGCAGAACAAUAAUGACGAUGCUGUCAUGCCAAAUUACACGAACGGCAGCGACGAAGAUUACUCUUACGACGACGACGACACCAACGGGAACGGCGAUGACGACUACUACGGGGCUCGUCGUCUUGUGUUGAGAAGACCACCAGAAGCCAUUCCCUAG